UCUUUUAAAGUAAUUCCUUCAGCUUAUUUUAAAAAAAACCAAGCUUUGAAAGUAUCUUCUCACAUAAGAAAAAAUUGAUAAGAGUGAUUCAUGUCGAUCGGUCCAGCAAAUCCGAGAGACGAAAUUGAAAGUGAGCGACGACUGUGAGUGGGCUUGAUGGAAACGGAGAAGAAAGUUCAGAGCUGGGCGCCAAAUCUUCCGAAGGUUCGCUUAACAACUGCAAUUCUCGUCUUCCUGGUUCCUCCUCCGCCACCCUCAAAUCUUUUAACUUCCCAAACUAUAUUGAUUCUAUGGACUUGGAGUAAGAAAAUUCUUUUCUGCAACAACAGAUGGGAAGUGGAAGUAACACAUUUACUGUCGAUGAAGCGCUUAUCUCACAGGGUUUUGGGACCUUCUGUUCAAGUCCAGUGGAAUCUUUCUUCACAUGAGGAGAGCUUAAUUACAAGUGUUGUUUUUGUGGGCAUGCUGUUUGGCGUGUACUCUUGGGGCAUAGUUUCUGACAACUACGGACGAAGGGUUGGGUUUCUAUUUACAGCUAUAGUCACUAGUGGAGCAGGUCUUCUUAGCUCUUUUGCUCCCAAUUAUAUUUCCUUGCUUAUCCUUCGUUUUGUGGUUGGUGUCGGUUUGGGAGGCGGACCAGUCCUUGCUUCGUGGUUUUUAGAGUUUGUUCCGGCUCCAAAUAGAGGUACUUGGAUGGUCAUUUUCCAGGCAUUUUGGACGAUUGGUACCAUCUUGGAGGCAUCUCUUGCUUGGGCUGUUAUGCCAAAACUGGGCUGGAGGUGGCUGUUAGCAUUUUCUUCAAUACCAUCUUUUCUUCUGCUAUUAUUCUACCACAUGGUCCCGGAGUCUCCCAGAUAUCUUUGCAUGAAAGGUCGAAUAUCCGAGGCAAUGCAUAUUUUUGAAAAGAUGGCAAGAACAAACCGAGCAGCUCUUCCACCCGGUGUUCUAAUUUCUGAUAAAAGAACAGAGCUCGAUGAAAAUUCCCAUCCUACUGAAUCCUCACAUUUGAUAACUGCUCAGGAUAAAAAAACUGUAGUUGUUGAUGAAGUGGAACCUAAAACAUUUGACAUCACCUCAUUUACGAAGCUUCUAUCACCAGAAUUGAUCAAAUCUACUCUUCUUCUUUGGAUGACUUUCUUCGGGAAUGCAUUUUCGUAUUAUGGAAUUGUCUUGCUUACAUCUGAGCUGAGUGGUGGUAAUAGUAAAUGUACGGCAGAACCUCUACUGGAGCAUUCAGUUGGGAGCAGCCUUUAUAAAAAUGUCUUUAUCAGUAGUUUUGCUGAGGUUCCUGGACUACUUCUAUCAGCUACAAUUGUGGAUAGGUUUGGUCGCAAGCUUUCAAUGUCAGCUUUGCUUUUUAUAAGUUGUGCUUUCCUGUUGCCAUUAGUAGUUGAACAGAAUGAAGCAAUCACUACAGCACUCUUGUUUGGUGCUCGGGUCUGUAUUUCUGGUAGCUUCGCCAUAAUCUAUGUAUAUGCGCCAGAGAUAUAUCCUACCUCCCUUAGAACCACCGGAGUUGGGACCGCGAGCUCUGUGGGAAGAAUAGGAGGGAUGUUGUGUCCACUUGUGGCUGUUGCUUUGGUUCAUGGCUGCCAUCAGAUGAUAGCACUUCUGUUGUUUGAACUUGUACUGUUUCUCUCUGGAAUGGCUGUUAUAUUUUUUCCGCUAGAGACCAGUGGCAAGGGAUUGGCAGAUUCUGUGAGGAGUAUGAAGUGAGAGAGGCAACUCUUUUACAACAACAAAAUUUACUUGUUUCUGUUAGAAAACAAACGUACUGAGGAAAUCUGAACUGGAGGAAAGAAUAGAAGGUUAGUGAUUCAACGAUCUGACACAAGUUCAUGAAUGUUUCACAUUUUUUUUUCCUCAUAUGAACCAUUUGAUUACCCAAGGCUGAAUUUUUGUUGCCAAAUGUUUAAUAGGAAUGAAGUGGAAAACAACAUUUCUUACUUUGUACAAACUUCAAAUGGAUUAUUAGAUG